AUGAUGUCACUAAGGACUUUUGCGCGCUCCGCACCUCGCGCUCUCUCCCGUGUCUCGUCGGCCGCCGCCUACAGGACAACUGGAUCUCCCUUUCUCAAGACAUCCUCCUUUGCUGACUCAUCACUAAAGGCAGCAUCUCGUCCCGCUGCUUUCUCAACCUCGCCAUUGAGGAGGGCACAGAACGCGGUUGACGAGGAGCUUGCCAACAAGCUCGACCAGGAGCUGAGCUUCGAGGCCGAGGUCAAGAAGAGCGAGCCUGAGCCGGCCAUCAUCAAGGACUUCCUUGAGAACGGCCCUUGGGAGCUCAAGGAUGUCUCCGGCCAGGAGAAGGUGGUCCUGACCCGCAGCUUUGACAACGAGAAGAUCACCCUGACCUUCUCUAUUGCCGACCUGGCUACUGAGUACCACGACCAGGAGGCGGACACCUACGACUCGGACCCUGCCCUCGCCGACGAGAGCGCUGACAGCAAGGGUCGCUCGAACGAGAUUGAGAACGCUGAGGAGGAGUACGAUGAGCAGGAUGCUGCGCCUCCAUGCAGGCUCAACGUCGUCAUUGAGAAACCCAACUCUGGCAAGGGUGCGCUCAACAUUGAGGCCACCCUGCAGGACGACCAGCUUGCCGUCGAGAACGUUUACUACUUUGAUAGCGCUGAGCUCGCCAAGGAGGAGUCGGCUGAGACGGCUCACAAGGCCUCGAACAUCUACCCUGGCCCUCCCUUCGGCACCCUGGACGAGGAGCUCCAGGUCCUCAUGGAGCGCUACCUGGAGGAGCGCGGUGUCACCGCCGACCUGGCUGUCUUUGUGCCCCAGUACAUGGACGUCAAGGAGCAGCGCGAGUACACCAACUGGCUGAAGAACGUCAAGGACUUUGUCAAGGCGUAA